AUGACUUUCUCUGGAGCAUUGACGUUGACGGACCUCAAUGACUUCAUUACUCCUUCCCAAGCCUGUAUCAAACCCGUAGAACAGACUAAUGGUAUAGUACCGGAGCGCGACGGAGGAGCUGCCUCGACAGAGAUUCGUGUCGAUUCCACCGGGUCGUACUAUGAAGUCUCCGCAUCCGAUCCGAAGGCCGAUUCAGGAACUCAAAGGAAGCUCCAGACUGCCGAGAUCAGUCUCAACGAUUGUCUUGCGUGCAGUGGAUGCAUCACUUCCGCAGAAUCCGUCUUGAUCAGCAUGCAGUCUCACACGGAGGUGCUCAACUUCCUUGCAAAUAACCCGGAGGACAUCUGCCUCUCCCACAAGGUCCCCGUCAUUUCCAUUGCUCCGCAGAGCCUCGCCUCGCUCGCAGCAAGCAUAUCCUCCUCUAGCAAGGCGCAACCCGUGUCAUUGCAACAAGUGUAUCGACGUGUCGAAGCGUUUUGUACCAAGGUACUAGGCUUUCAGCAUGUGUACGACACAACCUUCGCACGACAUCUUGCUCUGCUGGAGCACACGCGCGAGUACAAGGAACGGAAGAGAGGGGAUGGCCAGCUGCCUAUGCUCGCGAGUGCAUGCCCAGGAUGGAUUUGCUAUGUGGAGAAAACACACGCCGAAAUGCUGCCCUUCAUCAGUCGGACGAAGAGCCCUCAGCAGGUCAUGGGCACCCUAGUGAAGGAAUGGCUGGGUUCGAAAUGGGGCAAGACACCAAGCCAGAUAUACCAUGUCACAGUCAUGCCUUGCUACGACAAGAAGCUAGAAGCGUCCAGACAAGAUUUUUAUAACGACGUCUACGCGACUCGCGACGUUGACUGUGUGAUAACUACCGGGGAACUUGAGCUUAUGAUGCGGGAGAAAGACUGGAGCUUGUCCACACCGGUCGAGGGAGAGAACGACGAUCGCCUACCGCAUGGGUUCCUAACAGACGACUCUCGCGGAAGCGGUGCAGCGAAGUUCGACGGGGACGAUCUACCCGAGCUGAUCACUCAUCCAGGCACAAGCUCCGGAUCCUACCUGCACUCCCUGAUCAACGCUAUCGUACACGAGUCGCCGUCUGCCCUCGGGCUGAACAUGCGUGCGGUGCGUGCGCCCGACUAUGAGGAGUACAUCCUUAGCGAGAAGGCGACUGGCGACAUUGUCUUUCGUGGCGCAAAGUGCUACGGGUUCCGUAACCUGCAAAAUCUCGUCAGGAAGGUUGGGCGCGACGCAGGUGUGCAGGUCGGCCGGGGGGCUGCAGGGCGUGCGGCGGGUGUCCGCGGACGUGUCGUACGGAAGAAGGCAGACGGCUCUGCGGCGCCAGAAACGAAGUAUGACUACGUCGAGGUCAUGGCCUGUCCAGGCGGAUGCGUUAACGGCGGUGGUCAGCUCCGACCGCCAACUUAUCUCCGAGACGGCACAGACGAAGAAGGAUACAAACGGGACUGGGACGUGUCAGGCGUGAAAUUUGACGAUGACGACUCGCCAGGCAAGAUCCAGCCAGCGAAGUGGAGCGACCGUGAGUGGACGAAGAAAGUCGAGGUCGCAUACUGGAGUGACCUGCCCACGCCGCCACCAUCGCCCAAGCUCGGUGCAGAGCUAGAGAGUGGCUCUGCUAGCCUCCAUGUUGGUGAAAAGACCCUAGAGGCGGAGCGGCUUGCUGCUCGGGUUCUGGCCGAGACAUGCCAUCCGGAGGGAAAUGCGCCACGCUUAUGGACCGACAACAUGGAUGAAGCUGCUGAGGAGCUGCGACGGAAGCACUUUAGAACGCAGUACCACGCGGUAGAGAGCGAAGUCGUCGGCCUCGCGGUGAAAUGGUAGCUAAUCAGUCUGCGAACCAGUCAUUGUUAUUGGAUAGACUACAUGCAUUGAGCGAUACCCUUCCCAAGGUUUAUUCUUUAGGGCAGUUACCGACAGCAAACGCCUUGGGGAGAGCAGACCGACACAAGACAACCAGACCUGGGAACAGGACUUCAAGGUGUAAAAGGGUGAACGACACGAAAAUUGUAACGUUGAUUAUAGCAUCCAGUACUCUAUGAUGAUAAGAAUACAUUGGCAGCAUUGAGGCGUGGAAAGUUACUAGCUGGAGUGACAGCGAGAGAGGUAACAGGGUACAGCAGAGCGAGCAUGGUGGAAGACUAACAUUACGGAACAUUAGGGUAUGCAUAUGAGAACGCCGCCGCACGAAGGUGUCGCUGGAGGGUCGCCGGAGAAAGCUACCGGCGACGGGACUGUGUCGGGGGGCCGUUCUUCGCAUACCAGUAUGGACGACAUUGGUCACAAAAGUCAUUUACGUUGCCGACAAUCGUUUCCUUGGCGUCCGGGCCAAAGUACUACAGGGUAUG